AGAGAGAGAGAGAGAGAGAGAUGAACGUAGAAAGAAGGCAAGGCAGCUCUGUAGGGAUACGAACCCUCUCUUCAUCUGAUUCGUCUUCUUCUCUCAGCAGAUGCUCUCACGCCUCCUCCACCAUCGCUCCUUCAGAUGAUGCAAGGUGCGGAACACCUGCAUGGAUGGGAAGAGGACUUUCUUGUGUUUGUAUAAAGCGAAAAGGAACCUAUGAACGAGUUUGCUUCAACUUGACACCUUUACAGGAACAAAGACUAAAAAGACUGAGACAUCGCAUGAAGGUUUACUUUGAUGCUUCUAAACCAGAUCACCAGGAAGCUUUGAGAGCUCUUUGGUCUGCUACAUACCCAGACCAGGAGCUCCAUGGUUUGGUGUCAGAACAAUGGAAGGAAAUGGGUUGGCAGGGUCGAGACCCAUCAACUGAUUUCAGGGGAGCUGGGUUCAUUUCUUUGGAGAACUUGCUCUUUUUUGCGAAAACAUUUUCUAUAUCUUUUCAGAGGCUAUUGAACAAGCAAGGUGGAAAGCGAGCUACUUGGGAGUAUCCAUUUGCUGUGGCUGGUGUAAAUAUCACAUUCAUGAUCAUGCAAAUGCUAGAUUUGAACUCCCCAAAACCAAGGACGUUUGUUGGGUCGGUUUUCAGCCAAAUGCUUUCAGAGAACGAGUGGGCAUUUGACUUGCUCUAUUGUGUGGCUUUCAUGGUUAUGGACAACAAGUGGCUGGCAAAGAAUGCAUCAUACAUGGAAUUCAAUGACGUUUUGAAAUCAACUCGCACUCAGCUUGAGAGAGAGCUUCUAUUAGACGACGUCCUACGGAUUGAAGACAUGCCAUCAUAUGGCCUUCUCUUGUAGUGAUAGUCAUCCCUUCCCUAAGAUUCGAACAACUCAUACAGUGUAUAAUCUCUCUCUCUCUCUCUCUCUCUCUCUCUCUCUCUCUCUCUCUCAUCAUGUUUCAACUUCCGAAUGGUAUAUGUUGAGAGGAUUUAUUAAUGAUUAGCUUAUUACGGCAGGCAGCUCCUUUUUUAAGAA